AUGAAUCAAAAAUUAGAGUUAGAAUAAUAGAAUUCUAUUCACUUACAUUCCCAAAAUUCCUAAAGCUAAGAAAGGAAAAAAGAAUUCGAUAAACAUCAAGCAGUUGUCUUUAGAGAAAAACACAACUUGGAAUGCUCUCAAGGCCUUAGAAUUGCAAACUAAAGUAGAAAAGUACUUAUUAUAUGCACAGGAGGAACAAUCAGCAUGUUUCCAACAGAAAAUGGGUUGGCUGUAAAAAAGGGUUUCUUCGAAAAGUUUCUUAGGGAGGAUUCCUAUUUUUGUGAUUCAGAUUACACUUAUUUUCAUAGUUCUGAUGGUUUUUUAAUAACUCCUUUAACUAUUUACUAGCAACGUAUUUGGUAUAAGAUUUAUGAACUUGAGAAUCCAAUAGAUUCAACUAAUAUGAAUGUUAUAUAUUAUGAUUAAAUUGCUUCGAUAAUUGAGACAAAUUAUACUUUGUAUGAUAGCUUUAUUAUCUUGCAUGGCACAGACACUAUGGCCUACACUGCUAGUGCUUUAUCUUUUAUGCUAGAAAAUUUAUCAAAGACAGUUAUUUUAACCGGUAGCUAAAUUCCAUGCUCGAUGAUGAGAAACGACGGAUUCAACAAUUUACUUUGCUCUUUGACUAUUGCAGGACAUUACACUAUUCCUGAGGUUUUAGUUUGUUUUAAUGAUAAGCUCUUUAGAGGUAAUAGAUGCACUAAAAUGGACUCAAGUGCUAUGGAUUCAUUUGAUUCUCCAAAUUUUGAACCUCUUGCUACUUUUAAGAUAACAAUAAAAAUAAAAUGGGAUAAAGUCUUAAAAAGAGAUCCUGAAAAGAAAUUUCAUGUAUAAAAAAACUUGUGCGAUAAAAUAGCUAUUGUUAAAAUGCAUCCCUUCAUAAGUUCUGACACUCUAAAAGCUAUUCUUACUAAUAAAGAUACUAAAGCAAUCAUAAUAGAAACAUACGGAGCAGGCAAUAUCCCAAUUAAUAGACCAGAGUUGAUGCAAAUGCUCCAAGAGGCUUAUGACUAGGGUAAAGUAAUUGUAAAUCUCUCUUAAUGCUAUAAAUCGAAAGUAGAAUCUAUUUAUGAAACAGGAAGGGCUCUAUUAAAGGUAGGAGUGCUUUGUGGCUGGGAUUGCACUACUGAGGCAAUGGCUAGUAAACUUGCAUAUUUAUUUUCUAAGAAUGAUUCCAUCGAAAACAUAAGGAAGAAUGUUUAAAAGAAUUUGAGAGGUGAGUUAUCUCCACCAAUCGAAAAUGAUAUGUUUGAAUUUCAGCAGGAGAAUUUCAUUUAAGCUUUAAAUGAUGCACUUUAGUAUAGAACAAAUGAAAAAAUUGAUAUUUUAAAAAAUUUGAUACUCCCUAAUAUUGUUUGCUACAUGAGUAAGGGAGGUUUUCAUUAAAGCAUGCAGCAGCUUAAAGUAUAUGGCAUUGAUUUUGAUAAAGGAGACUAUGACAAUAGAACAGGUUUGCAUCUAUCUGCAAGAGAAGGCUAAUUAGAAACUGUCAAAUUUUUAAUAAAAGAAUGCAAAAAUAUAAAUACAGUAGACAAGUUUGGAAGAACAGCAUUAUUUGAAGCAGUAAUAAAUAGACACCAUGAUGUUAUAGUUGAGUUAUAGAGAGCAGGAGGCAUAAUUUAGGCUCCGAAGUAAGAAAUAACUAGUAUACUAAUGGAAGCCAUACGAACUGGAGACUAAGAACUUUUUGAUUUAUUUCACUUAGGAGGUCUUCAAGAUUGGAAUACUUUCUAAACAGUUGAUGGUAGAAAUUUAGGCCAUGUUGCAGCCACUUUUAGACAAAUCGAAAUAAUAAGAUUCCUUAAAUACUAAUGCAAAUUCAGAUUUACAGAUAAAGAUAGAUGGGGAAAGACUGCCUUGGAUGAAGCAAAAAAAAGAGAUUUUAAAGAAAUAUGCAAGCUUUUAUCUUGA